GGGCCGAUCGUGCGGGCGGAUGGAGGCCGGGGAGCCGUCUUAGCAGGCACGAUCUGGGCAGCUCGUGGGCGGAAGUGCGGGUUCGGCAGCCCGAUCCCAGCCGUCAAGGAAGCCACGGCGGGCCGCCCGGCGGGAAGCAGCUGCCGAGCCGUCUCCAGACCUCAGCCAGCGGGGCCCGGGCGCCGGCGAGAUGCCUCUGUUCAACAACAACCCGUUCGAGCAAGACGUGGAAAAAGCCACAAAUGAGUACAACACCACAGAAGAUUGGAGUCUUAUUAUGGACAUAUGUGACAAAGUUGGAAGCACUCCUAAUGGAGCAAAAGAUUGCCUAAAAGCUAUAAUGAAAAGGGUAAAUCAUAAAGUUCCUCAUGUUGCUCUACAGGCACUAACUCUUCUUGGGGCUUGUGUGGCAAACUGUGGAAAGAUAUUUCAUUUAGAAGUAUGUUCCCGUGAUUUUGCAACAGAAGUACGUGCUGUGAUAAAAAAUAAGGCUCAUCCUAAAGUAUGCGAAAAGCUGAAGUCUUUAAUGGUGGAAUGGUCAGAAGAAUUUCAGAAGGACCCUCAGUUUAGUCUAAUAGCUGCAACUAUUAAAUCUAUGAAGGAAGAAGGAAUUACUUUUCCUCCAGCAGGUUCUCAGACUUUAUCAGCCACUGCCAAGAAUGGUACGUCAUCAAGCAAAAACAAAGAAGAUGAAGACAUAGCUAAAGCUAUUGAAUUAUCAUUGCAAGAGCAGAAACAGCAAUAUACUGAGACAAAAUCCUUAUAUCCUACUGCCGAAAUUCCACUAAAUAAUAAGGUUGCACGGAUAGUGAGAGCUUUAUAUGAUUUUGAAGCUGUUGAGGACAAUGAGCUCACCUUUAAACGUGGAGAAAUUAUUAUUGUUUUGGAUGACAGCGAUGCCAAUUGGUGGAAAGGAGAGAAUCACAGAGGAACAGGACUCUUCCCAUCUAAUUUUGUAACAGCUAAUUUGUACCUUGAGACAGAGGCAGCAGCUGUGGACAAAUUGAAUGUAAUUGAUGAUGAUGAUGAGGAAACUGAGGAUUCAGAGGCUGAGUCCAUUUAUAUAGAUGAGGAUAAAAUGGAUAGAGCCCUACAAGUUCUCCAGAGUAUAGAUCCAACUGAUUCCAAGCCAGACUCUCAAGACCUCUUGGAGUUAGAAGAUAUCUGUCAACAGAUGGGUCCAAUAAUAGAUGAAAAACUUGAAGAGAUUGACAGGAAGCAUUCAGAACUGUCUGAGUUGAAUGUAAAAGUCUUAGAAGCCCUAGAACUGUAUAACAAGUUGGUGAACGAAGCCCCAGUCUAUUCUGUUUAUUCAAAGCUCCAUCCUUCAACACAUUACCCAUCUGUAUCAGCGGGGGUUCCAGUGCAGACAUAUCCAGUUCAAUCACAUGGUGGAAAUUAUAUGGGUCAGAGCACUCACCAAGUAAGCUAUGGCCUAGGACCAGAUCAUAUUGGUUCACUCAGAUCCCUUCCUCCACAUGUAAAUUCUUCAGUAACAAUCCAUCCUGCGCCAACUCCAUAUUUAAGCACUGGACAAGACACUGUUUCCAAUCCUGCUUACCUGAGCCUGAACUCUAAUCUUCAAUCAGUUACUGGUACAGCUGCUUACACACAGCAGAUGGGGAUGUCUGUGGACAUGUCAUCUUACCAGAAUACCGCUUCUAAUUUGCCACAGCGAGCAGGCUUUCCAGUGGCUGUGCCUGCUCAUUCAGUUGCACAGCAGCCCACAAGUUACCAUCAGCAGCCGCUCCUUUAGAGACACAAAAUCAUCUUCUUAAAAGUGAUCUUCAUAUGGGUAUUCACUCAGUCCUCGUAGGUCCAAUCUGAAAAUAUCAAAAAAGCUGUUCUCUCAACUCAAAAGGACCAUGAAUAAAUAAAGCACAAAAACCUGUCUUACUCUGAAGGGCAUAAAAGGUUUUUGGUUUUUUUUUUCAGCCCAGUUUAUUAAAAGUUAGCUUCUUUAAGAGGCAGUCUAAAGAUGCUUCCAUGGGCUGGGAGCAUGGCUUAAAGAGAGGACCUAUCUAGCAGGCAAGACACCCUGAUUACCACCAUAAUAAUAAAUAAAUUAAAUAAAUAAAUAAAGGAAAGAAGGAAAGAAAAACAUAUAUGCUUCCAGGUAGCUUUAUUUUCAAAUCUCUGUAUAAAUCUGGACACUAAAUAGUAUGAGAUAGGAAAGUAAAAUUUUUACUGUGAAGAAACCAUUCUUUUCCCACAAAAAUGUGGUUUUAAGAGUACUAAAGACCUUUAAAUAUUUUUUUCAGUUUCCCUCACACUAUUAUCUUAAAAGGCAAGCAUCUUUUUGUGUAAGCAUUUAGCUUGCCAACGUAUUUCCUUUUGGCUUCUUAAAUUGCAGUUGUGUUUGCAGUCCUGUCAGUUUUGCUCCCUGUGUUAGGUUGAGUAAUAAUUAGCAUAUAGUUGUCUACGGAAUCAAGAGCAACUUAGAAGGAACAAAAAUGUUCUAUGUUAUCAACAGUGAGAACCAUGCAAAUGCAGAUGUGUGAUAAAGCUUUUAGCCAGCAAUGUCCUUAACAACAGUGCCAACAGUGGGCUAAGGAAUGUCCCACAAAACAUUUCUAGUCCCUGAGGAAAAACACUUCCUUUUGUAUAAAGGUCCCUGGUAUUUAGAAUUGCCACUAAUGACCUUUUCAAGUGACUUUGGCCAUUUUGUAAUGAAGAUACAGUCCAGUUGUUUUCUUUCCUGCCAUGUAGUGUGCAGAGAUGCUGCAUUUCCUUUUUAGGGAUUAUAAGUGAAUUUGAGCCUGGAGACAUUCCUAAUAAUUAGGUGGUAUAUGAACCAAGAAUGGAUAAGUGUUUUUAUUGGUGGGGUUUGGGGUUUUUUUUUAAGAAGUGAUUCAGAACCUUUGCUAAGCUGUCAUUGUGCCAAGUUAUUUUAAAUAAAUUGCCCAUUCCUUUCAGAAAUAGUUCUGUACUUUUGGAGUACUAGCAGGUAAUGAUUUGAAAGAAGACAAUGGACUGGUAAAAAAAUGGUCAAGGCAAUUUUUUCUGAAGUCUGUGUGUUUUACAUUAGUUUAUAGCAUUACUAGAUUCCAUAUACUGUAGAGGUUGGUAGUAAACUUUCUUCAAAAAUUUGCACACUACUUUAUUCUACCAACUUUUUACAUAGCUCAAAAUAGAAAAAUACAUAUUUAGACUGGGAAAAAUAAUGAGCAUAGUUUGAUUUUUUUAAAAAGUUAAACUUUUUGCAUGGGUGCAAGGUUUGUAUGUUUGUUUUUUAAAGAAAGCACUUAAUCUUUCUACUAAGAAUCCAUUUGAAGAUAGUGUUCAAAAAAGAUAGUUCUGAAAAUUUUGUCAUUUAUUUAUGCAAAUUUGGUUACAAGUAUAUUCCUUUUUCAAAGAAAUUAUUCCAAAACAAAAUAAUUGUACAUAAUAUUUGGUCUACAUUUAAAGGGAAAGCAAGCAGUAUUUCCAAGCCUAGUUUUGGUCUUAUUUUCAGAUCCAAGUAACUGGAAAGGAAGUCUUAACCUCUAACAUGUUCUGUUUUUCAUCCAGUAUUCUUCCAUGUGAAUUCAGUUAUAUAUAAAAUUUUUUCUAAAAUGGCACCUUACUUUUUUGAAAACAGAUCUUCUGUUCUUUAAAAAAUAAAAGUAUCUAAAGCUGCUCUUAUAAUGUUUCCAUAUAUGGAAAAAUCUUACAUUUUUCACCCAAGCUAUAUUUAAUAAAUUUAUUUUAAUGUUUAUGUAAAUAGUUCAUGUUUAAUUGUGAUGUCAAUUGUAAAAGCGUAAGUCAUCCUCAGUCUUGGAGCCAGUAUAAAUACUGCACACACAGUAAGUUGGGACUGUCCAGUUAAGUUCAAGUAAUGUAAUUUUGGCAUAAUAAAACGUGAUGUGUAUGUAAAUUGUGUAUGUUGGCAUUUAUCUUUGAAACUUUAUAUCUGUAUUUCUUCAUCACUUUUUGUUUGUGCCAUUUAUAAGAAAUUUUGUGUUGCAGGUUGUUGAUAGUAUAAAAUGAUAUAUCUGUUUUGAUCUGGUAUUUUUAGUAUUAAUAAGAAAUGCAAGGUUAUUUUUCUUUUCUAUUAUUUGAUGACUUGUAUUUAUGUUAAGAUGUUUAUGAUCAAAGUUAGAUGUUUAUGUUCCAAAGGAACAGUCUAACUUCAGGUUCUACAUUGGAUUCAUAUUUAUUGUCUUAUAUAAAUUUUUUAAGUAAGUUCUUAGUUUUCCUAUGGAAUUUCAAUGCAUUAGAAACAAUUCCCUAAAAUUUAUAAUAGAAUUAACUAUUAAUAUAGAAAAAUACACUGUGUUAAAAUAUAUUAAGCAAUGUGUUCAAAUAGUUUGAAAAAUAUAACCAACAUGUCCUCUCAUUUGGUAAUUUAUUUACAAAAUUACCUAAAUACUAAGGAUUUAUAUUUAUGAUUUGGGAUUUGAAGAUCUAGUAUCGUCUUAUACAUUUCAAGUAGUUGACACAGGACUAUUUUACAUAUUGUACUGAACACUAAAAAUGGUUAUGAAGUUUCA